AUGAAGUGCUACCUCGGGUGGUCCGUUGUUUUCGUCGCCGUUUUCGGCGGUGAAGCGGCCUUCAAAUGGUGCGAAACCAACGGAAAGACGGGCUGUGUGGGCCAGGCCAAGAAGUUCACCAGGAUGUUCUCUGACACUGGCAAUCCCUUCUCAUCCGUUGAAGUUGCCCCGUAUGACACUGCGAUCGUGGUGGAUUGGGACAAGGAUGGUGAUUUGGACGUCAUCGUCAACAAUGUACGAAACAAGGGAAAAGGUGAAGGUAUUCGGUACUAUGAACGGCAAGCUAGUGGCGAAUACCUCGAGCUCACUGACACCAAUCCUUUCAAGGGCAUCUACUGCACAGACUUUUCGACCCCAGAAGUGGUGGAUUGGGAUGGCGAUGGACACCUUGACUUGAUCGCCAGUGCGGGCAGCAUUGGCGACGCUUUGGCCGGAGGAUCGAUCAGGUUCUUCAAGAGACAGUCGGAUGGAAGCCUUGUGGAGCAAAAGGGCUAUGCAAACCCUUUCUCUGGCAUCAAGGGAGAGCUGGCCUUCGGAAUCCAACUAAGUGCUGGCGAUUGGGACGGGGAUGGAGACCUCGAUCUUCUGGCAGGGCAAAUCAAAGGGUUGAGGUACUACGAGCAGCGCAAUGGCCUCCUGGUCGCAGCGAACCAUUCCAACCUCGACUCUCUCAAGUCCUCCAAGUUGAUGCCGAAGGUCUUUGACUGGGAUGGCGACGGAGACUUGGACCUUUUUCUGCUGCCGAACGUCUACACUCGCAUGUUGACAGAAGGCGUUACGCCAGAGAAAUGGUCAGCGAGAAAGAUUCAGCUCCUCGAGCAACAGAAUGGCCAAACAAGGUUUGCCAUUGAUAAUCCUUUGAGCAAUAUUGAUCUCUAUGGCACUGGAAUGUCAUUGGUUGAUGUGAAUGGCGAUGGCAAGACUGAUGUGGUGUGUGGAGGGAAAGACGGCUUAGAGGUUUUCUUUCAGAACGAAGACGGCCAGCUCAAAGAAAUGUCCACAUCGGGAGUCCCUUUGUCAUCCAUACCCAUCAAAGCACGACAACAAGCUUGCAAAAAACCAUACUGUCGAGUAAGUUAUACGCCAUUGUUGGCGGACUGGGAUGGAGAUGGAGAUCAGGAUUUGGUGCUUGUUGACGGUUUCAGAGGUCGCGAUGGACCUGCUGUCCGGUUCUUGGAGCACCUGGACAAUCACUUGGUCAUCGAGCAUCCAAAUAGUCCUUUUCAGAAUAUGUCCUGCAAUAUUGAGCUUGCAUAUGGAUUUUGCAUGGCAGACUGGGAUGGAGAUGGCAUGCUGGAUUUGAUUGGCUUCACCUGGACCUCUCUCAACCACGGGAGUAGUGUGGGGAUAUGCCUACAGGUUGAUGGUAGCUUCGUGCAGAUUGACACGCAUCCGUUUCUCGGAGUGAAGUUCGGUUACUCUGACCCUUUAAUGCUCGAUUGGGACAACGAUGGAGAUUUGGAUUUGCUGGUCUUGUACAAAAAGGCCAUCUACUGGUUCGAACAGCUUUCUGAUGGAACUAGCGUGGAGCACAUCCUCGAGGUGAGGCCCAUCGCCUAUUACGCAGCCGGAGACAUGGAUGGAGAUGGUGACAUCGACCUAUUGACGGUUUCUCAGGGAAGCCAAGACGCCAAGUUCUUCGAACGGACAGAGGAUGGAGAGCUGGAACAAGCGUCCGAUGAACGGAAUCCCUUCAAGGGCAUGUUGAAAGUGGAAGAUGUGACAAAUGCCUUUGCUCUGGGAGAUUGGGAUGGUGAUGGGCAAGCUGAUGUUAUCCAUGUAACAGAUCUUGACAUUCGCCAGUACAAACAAGAGCUCGAUCAUGCUUUCGUUGAAGCGGAGAACCCUUUUGAGAUGAUUGUCACUGGCAUGAAAGGCUCUUAUGCUGACUUCUUCGAUAUGGAUGGUGAUGGCGAUUUGGACUUGAUCUUGCGAGGUUUCCGUCCCCUGCAAAGGUCUUUCAGGUACUUCGAACACAUUGACGAGGAGUUGGUGGAACGCUUUGAUGAAGAGAAUCCCUUCCACAAUGCUGAGGUACCCUAUCCUGAGACAACCUUCGCUGUUGGAGAUGUCGAUGGAGACGGCCAUGUUGACAUCGUGGAAGGGAAACUGUUUGGGUCGUUCAGCUAUCUCCGUCAAGAAAAUGGCCAUUUCAAGAGUAUGGAAGGUGACGACAAUCCCUUUGGGGCCUUGAGAGGAUCACCUUUGUCGCCUCCGUGCCCUACAUUGAUUGACUGGGAUGGUGAUGGCAACAUGGACGUAGUGGCAGGAGCUGACAGAGGACAUUUGGAACUUUAUCAACAUGCCACCUCCGGUCAAUCAAAGCUUCCAGAGGGUGGAAGAGAGUCCGUUCCAGAAUGUCAGUAUCCUGGUGAUUGCAGGGCUUCCUGCAAACGACAGCCAACGGUUUGUGCAGAAAUUUGGUUCCCUGUCUGA